UCCAUUCGCUGAAACCAUAGGUGUGUCGGGGUGUGCGCUUUCUCUCUGCCAGCUGUCAGUCAUGAGGUCACUUCCUGCGGGCGUGAGCACCAUGGCUCUGCUUUGUAUGGACGUGCUGGGGGAUUUUUGACAGCGGCAGGACUGCGAGGGGAGCCAGCGAGGACGCGGUCGGUGUCUGGGGGACGUUUUCGCUCCUUCAUUGCUCCUUUUCUCGCUGUUGCAUUGAACGCUUCCCAGCCCACCGAGAUAUUUCCGAAGAUAUGGCGCCGACGUUUUGCGCUAUCUGCUGUCAGUUUGAUGAGUGAGAGUGCCGCCAGCCUCCUCCCAUCACCACAAUGGUCGACAUGGAGACCCAUUACCAUCCCCCCUCUCCCCUGGAGGACUCGGUGCUGGGCAGUCCCCUGUGUGCUGAUGACGAUUUCAUGGGUAGCAUGGAGCAGCUCCAGGACAUCUCCCAAUCCAUCAGCGACGACGCUCUUAGCUCAUUUGGUGUCCCAAAAUACCAAUCCUCUAGCAACGGCUCUGAUGGGUCCACCGUCCUCGAUGCGCUUACGCCAGCAUCCAGCCCAUCAUCGGUUGUUUACGGCGUGGUGGCUGGCCAGGAGGAAUUGUCAUCUUCAUCCACAUCACUGAACCUGGAGUGCCGAGUGUGUUCUGACCGCGCCUCGGGCUACCACUACGGAGUCCAUGCCUGCGAGGGCUGCAAGGGUUUUUUUCGCCGGACCAUCCGUCUGAAGCUGGAGUAUGACAAGUGUGAACGUCGCUGCAAAAUCCAAAAAAAGAACCGCAACAAGUGCCAAUACUGCCGCUUCCAGAAGUGCCUGUCAGUGGGAAUGUCCCACAAUGCCAUCCGGUUUGGUCGGAUGCCCCAGUCAGAGAAGCUCAAACUAAAGGCGGAGAUGGUGACGGUGGACAAAGAGGUGGAAAACCCCCAGCUUGCUGACCAGAAGACCCUGGCCAAGCACAUUUAUGAGGCUUACCUGAAGAACUUCAACAUGAACAAGGCCAAGGCUCGAUCCAUUCUCAUGGGCAAGACCAACACUGCUCCUUUUGUCAUUCACGACAUGGAGACCCUCCAGCUGGCAGAGCAGACACUGGCGGCCAAGAUGGUCGGCUCCGUGGGAGCGAUGAAGGACAAGGAGGUGGAGGUUCGGAUUUUCCACUGCUGCCAGUGCACGUCGGUGGAAACCGUCACGGAGCUCACAGAGUUUGCAAAGUCCGUCCCCGGGUUCUCGAGCUUGGACCUCAACGAUCAGGUGACUCUUUUGAAAUACGGAGUGUACGAAGCCAUUUUCGCCAUGCUCGCCUCCAGUAUGAACAAGGACGGGCUUCUUGUAGCGUACGGCUCGGGCUUCAUCACCCGGGAAUUCCUCAAGAGCCUGCGUCGACCGUUCAGCGACAUGAUGGAGCCAAAGUUCCAGUUUGCCAUGAAGUUUAAUGCGCUGGAGUUGGACGACAGUGAUCUGGCUCUCUUUGUGGCUGCCAUCAUCUGCUGUGGCGACCGGCCAGGCCUGGUGAAUGUGGCACACAUCGAGGUGAUGCAGGAGAGCAUCGUCCAGGUCCUGCAGCUCCAUCUGCUGGCCAAUCACCCUGAUGACACUUUCCUCUUCCCCAAGCUGCUGCAGAAACUAGCUGACCUGAGGCAGUUAGUCACUGAGCACGCACAGCUUGUGCAGGAGAUCAAAAAGACAGAGGACACCUCACUGCAUCCGCUCCUGCAGGAGAUCUACAGAGACAUGUACUGAAGACUUUGGAGGUAUAACCACAGUAGGAAAACAAGAAACCAUCUCCUUCUGAGCGGGGACUUGAAAAGAAGAGGAGACGUCCACAUACUGGGUUUGAACCACUUAACCUCUGACCCUAAAGGGUUAGCUUUGGUGUCUGUCCAGUGUAAGGGAACCUAAAGGUGAAGAAAAAGGAGGCUGAUGAUUCAUUUGAUUUGACAAAGUGCUUUCCACUUCAUUGUGUGUGAACCUUAUCAGGCAGAAGAAUCAUGUAUGCUAAGAUACUUUGUACAGCUGAUUGAGCCCCUGUCCAGACACCACUGAAUGCAAUCUCUGACCAAACUCUAAAUGUUCUUUUUUCCAUAUUUUUUUUAAAACGUCUGUAAGGUCACCUCCUUGGUGAAACCCUGAGGUAACCCUAAUUUGAAGAACAAAAGUGAACUUUAUAAUUGCCACUCCAGCCGAUUGUUUUACAGCAACGAGCCAUAUGCCCGAAUAACUUAAUAACAGCAGCAAUUAUGCAGUUUAAAUCAAGGCAGCUUCUCCUCAAUUGGCUACCAAAAUGUGGCCGGUUGAGGAGCCAGUGGUUAUGAGCACACCAGCCCGCCACCGUGAUUCUCAAGCUUUUCUGUGGAGUCACGUCCUGAACAUAACCAUUUUAUCUGUACGUCAUGUCCCCGAAGUCAUACUUCUUAAUGACACAGUAGAAAUUGCCAUCAUCAUUAUUAUUAUUUAAUUUUAAUAUUCUUAACAAGAAAUACGACUUAGUUCUUAAGUUGUCCACAAACUGUACUGGGAAUGCUAUUUUUUAUUUUUUUUAAAUUAGGUAGCAGUGCCCAAAGUUCAGACUCACUGUGUACAUGCACCACAAUGCACUGAAGCACAAGCAUGCCUGUGAUAUGUUAAUGUGACACUUUUCUAAUGGAGGUUUCAAAGGACAAAAAAGACAUACACAGGUGUUUAGCACUCCCUCCUGAUGUGUGUUCUGGUAUUAAAGGGCUAACACUGUUAUUAACCACAAUACAACUCUGACACGGGCGACACAUGAAUUCACUCAGCGAAUCUCUCUCUCUCUCUCUCUGUUAUUGUGUUUAACUGUCUGUUUGGUCCUCAUAACACACGUGUUAGUUAAGAUUUAACAAUCUUAUGUGCACAUUUUUCCCUGAUGAAAAUGUAAUUGUUUUUAUUUUUCCCAGCUAAGAGAAAACCACAGUGAUAAGGCCUCAUUGGUGAAACAUCUAGUUUGUUAGUUGAAAGGUUGUCACACUUUCAUUUGUUUAGUUUUCUCUGUGAAAUCACUUGGCCAGUUAUAGAAGACAGUCAAUCUGGACGUAUGCAGGUAAAAGAAAAAUGAGUCUGUAGCCCUUUUCCUACUCAGUUAUUCUCUGGCUUUUUGCUAUCUAACAAAAUAGGCACAUUUCCAUGUGAAAGUGCCGCUCCUGCAUUUUGUUGUCGCACUGCCUUCUAAUAUAAAAUACAUACGGUGGACAUCAGAGGACCUAUGUUAAGGGAAUGCUGAAAACAUGCAUAGUUUUCUGAUAGUUCGGAUCAUACACAUCUGACUCUCUGUGAGAGGGCGCUACUCCUUUUCUGCCUCAUCACUCACACUGUCCUGAAAUGAUCAUUGAAUUCAGAGAAAUGUUCCUUAUGUUUGUAACACAUCGCAACAUCAGAGCGGGCUUUACAUAACUGAAGCUUUCACACUGACUGCUCACCCCAGCUUUUAACUCUCGUGGUAAACAAGGUACUAAUGAUGAUGGACUUUUGUAUUCGUAAGUUGGGUGAAUACUUUCAGAUGUUUGAACAUUUACAGUAAAUGUAGUUAUGUACUGUUUUUUUUUUUCUUGGUCUAAAUGCGUCAUGCUUGUCUUUGAAUCAAAUCGUAUUUUUAUACUGAAGUAUGAAUAUAUAUAUAUAUAUAUAUAUAUAUAAAUAUAUAAAUCUCACAUGUGUUUAGUUGAAAUGGCACAGCUGAAGAGUACAUUGUAAAUAGACUUAAGGUGUAACAGGGCAACUGGUAAUCUGCAUAUCCAUAGAUCAGAAUUUUUGAAAUGGAGAGUCAUCUAGACCAUAAUGUGCAUUCAGUUCCUUCAAGUUGCACUUCGUUUAUCUGUCGAAUUAAGCACUAGAGUUUUAAACUGCAAGCAUGCGUGGUCUGCGCAGGGCUACACUAGCUUACACGUUUGAGUGGCUAGUUAUAAACUUGACCUCUGUGACCUUUUGAUUACCAUGAAGAGUAAAAAGGAACAAAACAUUUCAUAGGAAAUGUGAAGGCACAGCUUAGCACUGAUCAUCCAGUACUAAUCCCUUCUUCUAAUGCUUUUAUCUCAGGUUGUACAUAAGAAAACAAAGGGGGUAAUAUAUGCACAGAUUGGGGGGGUGGGGGGGUCACAUAAUCUCUGUUGGUUUAUAGAGAAACUGAAUGCACUCAUAAUGUAAUUUGCCAUUAAAUCACAUGCUAUAGCAGUAAAUGUGUUGCAGUAAUGAGAAAAACACGUAUAUUGUUUUACAAUUCUGAUCUCAUCGUGCUUUUUCUCUUUGUUUUUGUCUGACUUUUCUCACUCGCUGCUAUAUUGUACUAACUUACCAAGCAUUUCUUAUGCCAUAAGUAGAUUACUGAUCUUUAAACUGCCUCUACUUGCAUAUAUCUGGUCACAGAAUGUCAGACCCACUUCAGCGCAGCUCAGUUUUUAACCUUGCAGAUUUCCUGGGACUCGCUUAUCCCAGGUGUGCUCGGGGAAAAACCACAAACCUGUGUGUGCCUUAGUGUGUGCCAUAAAACACCAGAUUUAAAAAAAAAAUAAAAAAAAGUUUCUUGCGCACACACGUGUAAACUGUUGGCAUCUUCAGCUAGAUUUAGCUGUUUGUGACACAAAAGGGUCCCACAGGCUGGAAAAUAAUGUCACUGUACAUUCUAUACAAUGUGCACCCUUCUGGGCAGUAACAGUGAAGGAUUUGCUUUUCAAAAAUACAGACUUUUUAAAUGUUAAACAUUUAAAAAAAAACUGCUAGAAACUUUAUCAACAAGGCAACUUAAAAUGUCAACAAGAUGUCAUGUAAAUUUGCAAAGUCAGCUUUCCCUUAAGAAUGUUUUUUUGUGUGUUGAACUGUCAAGGGACUUUUAAACUUUUAUCAGGGAAUCGUAGUCUUCCUUUGUUGAACUAGCUCAGGAUAUAGGACAGUACUGUUUUCCCUUCCUCGUUCACUCUGGAGUGAGUAUAGAGUGCUCUGCCUUACAAUACGCAUACACCAACAACAAUACAGAUUAAGAUUACCUUUAUUUUUGUUUUUCCUGAACUGAAAGAAAGAAAAGAAAAACUUGGGCUUACUUGGGGCAGCAGUUAUAGGAUUUAGAAACGUGAUUUUUUUUUCUCUCCUGAGUUAAACUUGUUUCUGUGGCUGUAGUGUCAUGCAGAGACCAUGGAGUCUCCCUUUUGAUGUGUCGUUAAUGUGUACUGUGGCUUGAUAACAAUACUGUAAAUGUUUGAUGAAUGUAUAUUUAGUCAUUUAAACGAUGAAACAAAUUGAGAUUGAAUGGAUUUAAAAAUAAAGUGAUUUUAAAAUCUG